AUGGCAACUGAGCCCCCGGCGAAGAAAAAGUGCCUUGGAUCAGGCUGUGAAAACGAUGCUUCCGCCUUACAAUGUCCCACAUGCUUGAAGAUUGGCAUCAAGGAUAGCAAUUUCUGCUCGCAAGAUUGCUUCAAGAAGAAUUGGAAUGAACACAAAUUGUUACAUAAGGUCGCGCAAGGCAAGACCACGAACGGUAUUCUUGACAAAAUUAGAACUCCAAAGGUCGUCUCUAAACCAGAUCCAGCAACCGGUUUCUACAACCCUUUCCCCUCCUUCGCAUAUACCGGACCGUUACGUCCUGUCUACCCCCUGUCCGAGAAGCGCAUAGUCCCAAAGUCGAUACCACACCCCGACUGGUCCGAGACUGGCUACCCCAAGAGCGAGCGAUUCAUCAACAGGAAUAAGAUCGACCUACUCGAUGCAAAAGGACAGGAGGCUAUGCGCAAGGUGUGUAAGUUGGGGCGUGAGGUCUUGGAUAUAGUGGCUGCCGCAGUAAAACCUGGCGUCACGACGGAUUACCUCGACGAAAUAUGCCAUAAAGCUUCCGUAGAACGACAGUGCUAUCCUUCUCCCUUAAACUAUAACAAUUUCCCUAAAUCGAUAUGUACCUCGGUCAACGAAGUGAUCUGCCACGGUAUCCCGGACCAACGAGUGCUCUUGGAUGGCGACAUCAUUAAUCUAGACGUUUCCUUAUACCACGGAGGCUACCACGCAGAUCUGAAUGAAACAUACUAUGUGGGCGACAAGGCUAAGGCAGAUCCCGACUCCGUGAGGGUAGUUGAAACGGCUCGAGAAUGUUUAGACGAGGCUGCGAAACUUAUAAAGCCGGGCACUUUAAUACGAGAAUUCGGUAACAUUAUCGAGAAACAUGCCAAGUCAAAGAAUUGUAGCGUCAUCAGGACAUACUGCGGCCACGGAGUUAACACGCACUUUCACUGCCCGCCUAACGUACCACACUAUGCGAAGAACAAGGCUGUUGGGGAGUGUAAGCCUGGUAUGACUUUUACCAUCGAGCCUAUGAUCGCGCUCGGAAAAUACCGGGAUAUUACAUGGCCAGACAACUGGACGAGUACUACGAUCGAUGGUAAAAGGACUGCUCAAUUUGAGCACACUUAUCUUGUGACAGAAACUGGUGUGGAAGUAUUAACAGCGAGAACAGAGAGCUCGCCCGGUGGUCCUAUACCGAUGCCGACCGUUGAGACCGAGGCGAAUGGUAGUGGAUAG